CCCUUUUCUUGUAAUGUUAUAGUAAUUUAUAAACUAUGAUAAUCGUGCUUGCAAAGACCACUCUCACCUUCUCCUUCGUUCCCGGCGUCUUGGAGUCUUGUUUCUGGUGCUUGUUUUUCUAUAUAUUUGACAUGAAAAAACUGUUAUGUUGUCUUGUUCUGUGAUCCGGGACCACCUCUGCCAAACUUCAACGAAUAGUUUGAUAACAAGGGAGAAUGAAGGCCUUUUCGGUUAAGGUUGAGGAAGGAAGAGAAGGUAAAAAUGGUAACCUCUCUGUUGGUCCAGUGUACCGCAAUCUCCUCUCCCAAAAGGAAUUUCCUCCGUUGGAUCCUGUUUUCUCUACAACUUGGGAUAUUUUCUGUGAAUCUGUCAAGAACUAUCCUAACAACCCGAUGCUCGGACGACGUAAAAUUGUUGAUGGAAAGUUUGGACCAUAUGUGUGGAGCACGUAUAAGGAAGUUUAUGAUGAAGUUCUGCAUAUAAGUUCUGCUUUACGAGCAUCUGGAGCCGAAGUUGGUGGUCGAAUUGGAAUUUAUGGAUCUAAUUGCCCUGAAUGGAUUGUGGCAAUGGAGGCUUGUUCUGCUCAAAGCUUAAUCUGUGUGCCUCUGUACGACACCCUCGGACCCGGUGCUGUAAACUAUAUCAUAGAUCAUGCAGAAAUAGAUAUCGUGUUCGUCCAGGAUAAGAAGGUUAAAGAGGUUUUAAAUCCUGAAUGUAAAUCCUCAAAGCGACUUAAAGCCAUUGUGUGCUUCACUGCAUUAACACAGGAAGAGAAAGAUAAGGCUUCUGCUAUUGGAAUUAAGUCAUAUUCCUGGGAUGAGUUCUUGAACUUGGGAAAAACCAAUCCCAAAAGUACUUUUCCUCCUCAGACUCAUGACAUCUGUACAAUAAUGUACACUAGUGGGACAAGUGGAGACCCUAAAGGAGUUGUUUUAAUAUACGAAAAUGUGAUGGCUUUAGUAAGAGGGAUGGAUCUUUUCAUGGAACAAUUUGAAGACAAGAUGAAUGUGAAUGAUGUGUAUCUGUCAUUCCUACCCCUGGCUCAUAUCCUUGAUCGCACAAUUGAAGAGUACUUUUUCCGUAAGGGUGCAUCUGUUGGUUACUAUCAUGGGGAUCUGAAUGCGUUGAGGGAUGAUUUAAUGGAGUUAAAGCCAACACUGUUUGCUGGUGUUCCACGCGUUUUUGAGAAGGUCUAUGAAGGUAUCAAGAAAGCAGUGGAAGAACUUAAUCCAAUUAGGAGAACUGUUUUCGGCAUGCUCUACAACUACAAACUUGGUUGGAUGAAAAAGGGCUAUAAGCAAAGAGAAGCAUCACGUUUGGCAGAUCUGCUAGCCUUCAGAAAGGUAAAAGCCAGGCUUGGUGGUCGUGUUCGACUAAUAAUCUCUGGUGGAGCAGCAUUGAGCCCUGAGGUGGAAGAGUUUUUGCGUGUCACUACUUGUGCCUUUGUAUGCCAAGGAUAUGGUUUGACCGAAACAUGUGGACCAACUACUCUUGGUUUUCCUGAUGAAAUGUGUAUGGUUGGUACUGUUGGAGGUGUAUCAAUAUAUAAUGAAAUAAGGCUGGCAGAGGUUCGCGAGAUGGGAUACAACCCUCUUGAAACUCCUCCAUGUGGUGAAAUAUGUGUAAGAGGGAAAACUGUUUUUAGUGGUUACUACAAAAAUCCAGAGUUAACAAGGGAAGCUAUUAUAGAUGGAUGGUUUCACACAGGGGACAUAGGAGAAAUGCUUCCCAAUGGUGUAAUUAAGAUUAUUGACAGGAAGAAGAAUCUUAUCAAACUCACACAGGGAGAGUAUAUAGCACUUGAGAAUCUAGAAAAUGUUUAUGGAAUCACUCCUAUAGUUGAAGAUAUUUGGGUAUAUGGGAAUAGCUUGAAGUCAAUGCUAGUUGCAGUAAUAGUUCCUAAUGAAGAAGUUGUGAACAAGUGGGCAUAUACAAAUGGUCACAUAUCUUCUUUCCCCAAACUCUGCUCUCUCGACCAACUCAACAAAUAUGUGCUAUCUGAGCUCAAAUUGACAGCUGAGAGAAACAAGCUGAGGGGCUUUGAACAUAUAAAGGGGGUGAUAUUAGAGGCGGAGCCAUUUGACAUGGAAAGAGACUUGGUCACUGCAACACUAAAGAAGAAAAGAAACAAGCUGCUCAAGUAUUAUCAGGUGGAAAUAGAUGAACUAUACCAAAAUUUGACAAAUGAGAAGAAAAAAAAUUAAGGUUUUUAGGCACGAAUAUGCUAUUUAGUGCUUCACUGUAGCACCUGUUCCCCUUCUCAAACUCAUCUAUAUAAUCCUAAAAACUCAGUGCUAAUUUGUAUUAUUUAGCUCUAUAGCAAAUGCCGCGCGUAAACCAACUUGUGUGAACUUGUUCUAAUUUAUUCAAUUUGAGGGUGGGCACUUAGACUCUUUAAUUUUCCAAAUUCACGAUUA